UAGCCGCGGAGCCAGUAAGACGUGUUUUCUGCCCUCUCUCUUUGAGUCUGCGACACGUUUUAAGUGCUCUUCCCCAACUGACAACAACAGCAGAAACAAAUAACAAAAAAUAACAAAAUAGAAUCAAUCGCGAAAAAAGUUGUUUGUGUUUUUAAAUCAGUUCCGAAAACGAAAAGGCUUGAUGAAAAACGCAAAAGAAUCCGAAAAACUAACUAAACGAGCGAAAAAUUGACUUGAGUGUUGUUGCUUGACAAAUCAAGGAAAAAACAAAACAUAACAAAAAACUGCACGAAAAAUGCGAAAGUUUCUAAUAUUCAAAAUCUUGCACAAGAAAUACAAAAUCAAUUAAAGUGAACUCUAACCAAAAGUUAUAAAAAAAGCAAAACAAACCAGCGAAGAACAAUCAGAAGAAGAGCGAAGCGCAUACAAAGAGCAGGAAGGAAGGAAACGGAUAAGGACAAAAAGGAAGCCAGCCCACAAACACACACCCGAACACCCACACACCCACACAAUGGCCGUGCCCUUUUAUUUGCCCGAGGGCGGCGCCGAUGACGUAGCCUCGAGUUCAUCGGGAGCCUCGGGCAACUCCUCCCCCCACAACCACCCCCACGCCCACGUCCAUCCGCACCCGCCCCUCUCGGCGUCCUCCUCCUCGUCGGGCGUGUCCUCCGCCUCCUCGUCCUCCUCGGGAGUCUCCUCCUCGGCCUCCUCCUCCUCGGACGGCACCAGCAGCGUCGCCUCGCAAUCGCCGAACACCACCACCUCGUCGGCCACGCAGACGCCGAUGCAGUCGCCACUGCCCACAGACCAGGUGCUCUACGCCCUCUGCGAGUGGGUCAGGAUCUACCAGAGCCAGCAGAGCGCCCCGCAAGUCUUCCAGUAUCCGCCGCCGCAGAGUCCCUCCUGCAAUUACACGGGCGGCGAUGUGUUCUUCCCCCACGGCCACCCGAAUCCGAAUCCGAAUCUGCACCCGCGCACUCCCCGCAGCAGCGUGAGCUUCUCCUCCGGCGAGGAGUACAGCUUCUUCCGGCAGCAGCAGCAGCCGCAGCCACAUCCGCCGUAUCCGGCGCCAUCGACACCGCAGCCAAUGCCACCGCAGUCAGCGCCGCCGAUGCACUGCAGCCACAGCUACCCGCAGCAGUCGCCCCACCUGAUGCCCCACCACGGCGGCCCCUUCGGGAUGGGCGGGCCCGGGCCCUACUACGCCGCCUACACGCCGCCACCCACUCCGAACACGGCCAGCGCCGGCACCUCCUCCUCCUCCUCCUUCUCCUCGGCGGCCUUCGGCUGGCACGGCCCCCUCCACACCGCCCCCUCGUCGACGUCCACGCCCCUGUCGGCGCCACUGGCGCCCAAGAUGCGCCUGCAGCGCAGCCAGUCGGAUGCGGCCAGACGCAAGCGACUGACCUCGACGGGCGAGGAUGAGCGCGAGUACCAGAGCGACCACGAGGCCAGUUGGGAUUGGGAGUUUGACGAUCGCUACGACAACUUCACCGCCGGUCGGGAGCGCCUGCAGGAGUUCAACGGACGGAUCCCGCCCCGCAAGAAGAAGAACAGCCACCCCAUCAGUAAUCCCAUCAGUUCGUGCAACAGCCAGCCGCCCAGCAGUGCCUCCCAAUCGGCGAGUGGUGCCACCAACAGUGGCUCCUCCACUCAGCAGCGACAGGUGGAGCGGGAGCGCCAGAAGCCGCAAAAGAAGAAACCACAAAGCUUCACUUGGCCAACUGUUGUGACCGUUUUCGUUUUGGCCAUGGGCUGCGGCUUCUUUGCGGCCCGAUGAAACCGCGUGGACGAGCAAUCGAAUGAUCUGUAGUGAAAUCUGCUAGCGCUUAAGAUAUAUGCCGAUCUACACAUAGAUAUAGCCGAACCGUAAAUAAGUGCAACGAAUUUAUUGAACUGCAAGGCCACAAGCAGAAAGUCAUUAAAUCGUAAACGGAUUGUUACACAUGCUGAUAUAAGCACAGCCAACAUAAGUAAGAUUAAGAAGGUUGACGGGACACAAGAACAAUAUAUAUUCUAUCUGUCUAUGGUAACUGCAUUUGUAUGUCUAAAUCGAAACGAAACAGAACUUUCUUCAAAGUGAACCAAUUAAACUGCUCAAAGUAACGAAAAAUCUUAGACUGGCAAGAGACUCAAAUCACACUUAUAUUUUGCUGAUGCAUAUUUUUGUACAAGCUUUUGAGAGAUAUUUACAAAUUAUACAAGUACAAAAAAAAAAGAGAUAAGCAAAGGAAAAAACUGCCACUUUUUGAGAUACUUUUGAUAAACUUUGAUUUGCAUUUAAUCAUUUCCACACUUGCAUUUUCUUAAACAUAAAGCAAAAUUACUUCUAUUGUAGAACAAAAAAACACAGCAAUUUCAAUGUCUUCGCAUUUGUAAUUCCGAAUUGCAAGCAAAACAAAAGUAUAUUUUAAAUAUGUUUAACUAGUAGAAUUUUUUAAACGUAAGCCCACAAAAAAACACACACCUAGCUUUAAUUGUUAAAUCGAAAGCAGAGAAAAAAACGCAACAAAAAAAUGUAUGAAAAACAUUAAAUUAAUUUUGUAUAUAGUUUUUAUGCCAUUUUUGUGAUGUUUUGUGUCUACGGUUUAUGUCAUGUUAUUUUAGUUAAAUUUCUUAUGAUUUAUGUUUAUGUGUAAUUUUUUGUCAUUGUUUGUUCAUCAUCAUAUUCAAAUUGGUCUCACAAUAUCGUAGUUUUAAGCUCCACGCCCAGGAAGUUGAUCGCAAAUGAUUGAAACUUGGCCGGAAGAGAGAUGGUUUUCCCAUUCUUACACAGUCUUUUUUGGAAUGCACCUAAAUGAUCUCUCACAAUGGAAAUUAAUGAAAGUUGAUCUCCACAGCUAGCCAAAGUAAAAAAGAAAUGAUGAGGAAAACAUAUAUUUGAUAGGCAAUUUUCACUACUUGCUUAGAAUUUCCAGGGCGUUUCAAUGCUAAUCGAAUACCGUGACAUGAAAGCAAACAUAGCUGAAAAAUAAUAAGAGAAAAUCAAUCAAAAAGAAAGAAAAAACAAUUCCCAAAAAUCGCAUUGAUCUCAUGGAUUUAUACAAUACAAAUACAUCAACCGUUUUUUACAAUGAGAAAUGUUAUAAAAAGCAGAAAGUGAAACAGAGAAACAUAAACAAAAAUUAACGAAAAGUUUAGGAUAAGUUCGCCAAGCGUUUUAGUUCUAUAUUGUAGAUUGUCUAAGUCGGUUUAAUUAGUUUAUUGCGCUGUAUUCGGACAUAAGUUUAAUUGUAUAUAAAGCAAUAUUAUUUGUGUAGCCUAAGUGACAGUCCCAAUCAAAUCCAAAUCCCCCGACAAUUCCCGGCAACACAACACAAUAGAACCCUUUUCUUGUACACAUGUAUCAAUCUUAAUUUGAAUCACAACAAAACCGAAAAACUAUAUCCACGCCCAAUGGAAAAUUAUUUUUGUAAAUUUUUUGCAUUAAAUGAACCGGGAGGUGGGUCGUGGUUUUAUCCCGACUCCCUUCCGGUUUAUUGCUAAUUAGUUUUCACAAUGAUCUCGGUAAAGUUUUGUGGCCCCGCGCCCAGAAGUCGACAAGAUUUCUGGUUUGCCAUAAAUACUCGAACAAAAAGUUAAAGAAAAACGAAGCAAAUGGAAAAAAAUCAGUAUGGAACACAAGAAACUUUUAUUUUUGACCCAAUGCGACUUAAUCCGUUUUUAAAUUUAAGUAUCUUUACUCGACCUUGUAUAUAACGCAGUUCGAAUCAUAGAAUCAAAUGCCAUUACUUGUAUAGAACUUUGUUUGGUGCCAAAACAGUGACAGAUUUUUGUCUAUGACCACGUGUAUUUCGCAUAUUAUACAUAUUUACAUAUAUCGUAACGUCAAUGAUAAGUUUGAUUCAGCAUUUUGUCAAUUCGAUUAAAGAAAACACUUCUGUUUUAGUUUAAUGUCGGAAGCGGAAAGCUCUUUGUUUACUUGUACAUUUUAUAUUAUGCUGUAAUAUUUUAAUAUACAUAAAUAUCAUUACUGAUCUCAUGAAUAUGUUCAUAAGACAACAAAAAUUAUAUAUAUGAGUACAUCUAUGUGUAUGUGUAAAUGAAAUAAAAGCGCAUAAAUAUUAUGUAAGAUUUACAGAAGAAACAAAAAUAAAAAAAAAUAUAUUUGAAAACAGA